AUGCCGGGUCCUGGGGCGAAACCCUACCCUGUGUGGCUGAUGUGCAAAUCCCUGCCUCCGGGAGCUCUGGAAAGAAUUGCCGACACCGUUGUGGACCGGCUGCGGAUCCCUUGGUUCGCAGGGGCUGUGAAGAUCAACGUCAGCCUCGUGCCACCUCUCGUUCUUUUGCCUGUCUUCCUCCACGUUGCUGCUCUGCACUUCCUGCUGGGGCUCGUCAUCUUGACAUCGCUGCCCGUGGUGGUGCUGUGGUAUUACUACCUCACCCACAGGAGGAAGGAACGGACUCUCUUCUUCUUGAGCCUGGGGCUCUUCUCCUUGGGCUAUAUGUACUAUGUGUUUCUCCAGGAGGUGGUUCCCCGAGGCCACGUGGGGUAUUCCCAAGUGGUCGCUCUCACAUGCGGGUUAAUUCUUAUGCUUGCAGCCCUGUCUCGAGCCAAGAAAGACCCUGGCUACCUUCCCAUCCCAGCAAGCAACGAGAAGUCAUCACACCGGGGUUUGCCCAACAAGAGUGUUAGAGGGAGCUCCAACGGGCUCCAUGGCGUCACCAUGUCAGGAGCUGCCAUUGGCCGUGCUGUGAAUGGGGAGGCCAAAGGCUAUUCUAGAAUGUCAGCUGAGGAGCUAGAAGGUGUGAAAAAGGACUGGUGCGUUAAAUGCCAGCUGGUCAGACCAGCCCGAGCAGGGCACUGCCGGCUUUGUGGCAGGUGUGUAAGGAGACUGGACCAUCACUGUGUCUGGAUUAACAGCUGUGUAGGGGAGCAGAACCACCAAGCAUUCAUCCUUGCACUCUCCUCCUUCAUGCUCACCUCUGUGUAUGGGAUUACGUUGACCCUACACACCGUCUGUAGGGGCCGAACUCCGUUUGUGGCAUUGUUCUACUGCCCCGGGGCCUAUUCUGACUACAGCUCUGCUCUGUCGUUCACCUGUGUGUGGUACUGUGCCAUUGUAACAGCUGGCAUGGGAUACAUCCUCCUUAUCCAGCUGUUGAACAUCAGCUACAACGUGACCGAGAGGGAAGCUCGGCUGGCUCUGCGGGACAACACUGGGCGCAGGCUCCUGGGUGGGUUAGUGAUAGACACUGGCCAGUAUAACAGGGGUUUCCUAUGCAACUGGGGCCAUUUCUUGAGCCUGGGGUCUUCUCCUCCACAGCGCUCUGCUGAAGACAUCGUGUGACACCCCUCUCUGCAGAUGACGUUGACUGACUUUCUUUAGCAGGGGAAUGGCCCCUUCCAUUAGGACUCCCUCCUCCCACACCCUUCCUUCGCGGUUGGUGUAUGGGCUGCCUAUCCUGUCACUGACAAUAUCAGAGGCUUUCCCAGGCAGAAUGGUUCUUCGCGUGCUGUCAGCCAGCAAUAGGAUGCAGAAAGCAGUAAGCCAUAUGCACAAGCCUGGAGAGAAGGAGCCUGCUGCCUUUUUCCACUGUGGGAAACUUUGUGCAGCUCAGCUCAGCAGGAAGAAGAGCACAAGGUUUUGAGAACUUGAGUUUUCGUUAGGUGUCAACCCUGGCAUCAAGAGGAACCUGCUGCUGGACUUCAGAGCGUGCACUGGUUCUUGCAGAGGUUAAGGAAUCCCUGGCUCGUACCUACAUGCAACAUUUAAGAGAUGUCAGGAGGGUGAACUUUUGAUGCAGAUAACAGAUGGACUGUUGCAGAAGCCAGGCUCUUUGGCU